UACCCUUUUAACCCAAAAUAUUCUCAAUACCACCAAUCGAGAUAAACAUAAAACAAAAGAGAACACCCAACACAGCUUUCCCAAGAAUGAAACCAACCAUAGUGUCAUAGCUAGCCGAUGAAGACCAUAACCAUAACCCUUCUUCACCAAUACUAUUCCACCCAAACCCCUUCCCCUUCCCCUUCCUUGUACCGCUUAUUCACUUUCCUUGUCCUCACCAACCUUGUGAAAGCCAACAUGUUCAUCUAUGCCGGGUGUUCUCAAGGCAACAAGUUCCAACCAAACACGCCCUACGAAGCCACCCUCAACUCUCUUCUAUCCUCCAUGGCUAGCUCAUCCUCACAGGCUCUUUACAACAGUUUCGCUCUGGGAAACUAUAGCUCGGCCAACCCAGACGGGUCUGUUUUCGGGUUAUACCAGUGUAGGGGCGAUCUGAAGACGAGAGAGUGCUCAAUAUGCAUCGCCAAGGCCAUAGAACAGGUCACUUUGGUCUGCCCUUUCACCCUUGGGGCCACUAUGCAACUGGACGGGUGUUUUCUCAGAUAUGAGCACUCGGAUUUCAUUGGGAAACUGGACACGAGUCUUAUGUUCAAGCGGUGUGGCUACGACGGGGUUAACGACGCCGCCGAUUUCGUUAAGCGCCGAGACGACGUUCUUGCGGAUAUUCAAGCCGGCGCCGCCAUGGGGUUUCGGAUCAGUUCGUCCGGGUUGGUCCACGGUCUGGCGCAGUGCUUGGGGGAUCUCAGCGCUUCCGAUUGCUCGGCUUGCUUGUCUGAUGCGGUUGCCAAGAUGAUAAGCUUGUGCGGCUCCGCCGCCGCAGCCGAUGUGUUCUUGGCUCAGUGUUAUGCUCGAUAUUGGGUUUCUAGCUACUACAAAUCUGCUCCAGAUUCCACUAAUGAUGAUGAAGUAGGGAAAACAGUGGCCAUAGUUGUGGGAGUACUGGCCGGUGUUGCCAUUUUCGUUGUUCUUCUAUCGAUUUGCCGAAAAGCUUUAGUAGGUUGACAAAGAGCAAGGUAAUAAGGAACCAUAUAUGUUUCAUUAUUUUAAUUUGUUUUCGAUCUUUUCUUUAUAAGGGUUAAUUUCUAAUUUCUCGCAAGGAUGGCAGGACAAUAUUUAUAUGCUUAUAUUCUAAAAGUUGUGCAAUUUAUGGCCAAUCUGUACGUGGAAAAGGUGUGUUUUAUCUCAAGGCAUAAAGUAGAAGCUAAGGUGCUCUCCGCUUUACAAAAGCCAUUAUCCUCCUUCACCUUAAAUAACAGUACUUCUUAUUCCAA